AUGAAAGAAGGCUUAUAUUCAUUUAAAUAACAUAUAGAUUAAACUAAAAACUAAAGAGCCCCAACUGAUAAAAGAAGUAUUUAAAGAGAUUUAAUAAAUUUAUAAAAGAAUGGGUUUGUUUAUCUUGAUAAAAUUCAAGAAAAAAAAAUAGAUUUGUUAGAUUUAGACAAAUGUUUAUAAAAAUUAAAUCCUCAUGAACAUAAAUAAUCUGAAUCUUUGAAUAAACAUAUUUUAUAAGUGUAAAUUUUAGGUGGUUUAAAAUAAUAAGAAGACUUGAAUAAAUUAGAAGAAUUUAUUUAAUAAAAAUAAAAUAAAUAAUAUGAAGAAUAAUUAAAUCAAUUAACUAAUGCUAAUUAAUUUUAGUAAAAACAUCAUUUAUUUUUUGAUGGUAAACGAAGAGCAGAAGAUAUAAAUCUAGUUGAAGAAAAAGGUAUAUAUGUUUUUGAACUUGUAACUUUUAGCAUAUGUAAGAACACACAGAUUGGGUGCAUUAUUGAGUUGUUUAAAAUCUAAUCCAAAAUAUAAACCUGAUGAAUAACAAUAAUAAUUAGAUGAAUAAUAAUAAAUUAUUUAAUAAGAUGAAUUAUCUAUCUAAUAAUAAAUAACUAAGAAAAGUUCUAAAUAAAAUGAUAAAACAAUUCCAUAAUUAAUAGCUGAAAGACAAGAAUAAGAACCUGAAUUAAGUAAGGAAUUUUUAACUGUAUUUAAAAAUGAUACUACUUUAGAUAAAUCAAAAUUAUAAGCAGCUUUUCCUAGAAUUGAUUUUGAUAAUGUGAAAUUAGAAAAACAAUUUGAUCUAUCAAAAAUAUAAACUAUUGAAAAAUCAAAAGAUUCAACUCUCGCACCUUUAAAAAUUAAUAAAGUGUAAUUCAAUCCAGUUGCUAAAUAAAUUACAUAUGAUGUAGAUAGUUAUGAAGAAAAUGGCGAAAGUGUAUUUAAAAAGAUUGAAGAUUUUCAUGAAUCUUUGAGAAAAGGAUAAUCUUAAGAUACUAUUAUAGAUAAAAAAAUUGAAAUUGUUACAGAAGCAGAAAAAUAAGAAUAUAAAUGGAGUUAAAAUUAGUAUGAUUAUUAUGAUAAAAUUAAGAAACUUUAUAUUGAUAAAUAAACACCAUAAAAUUAUCAAUAAUAAAUAGAAGAGGAUCAACAUUAUAAUUAGGUAAAUAAAAAUCCAAAAUUCAAUAAUAUUUAUUUAAAUACAACUAUUAAAAGAGAUAAUAAUUAUUAAAAAGCAAGCAAUUAAAGUUAAUCAAUAGUGGAUUCUAUCUCUAAACUUUAAAAUUUAAAAUUUCAUCAAUAUGAAACAGCAAAGGAUUUAUAGUUAGAGGAUAGACCAACAAAAGAUUAAUCCCAAAUAGAAGUUCUUUAAUAAUAAUUAUAAAAAGUUCAAGAAAGUUACUUUGAUAAAGAUUUGGAUGAUCAAGAAGUCUUUAAUUCAUACAAUUCUGAUAUUAAUAGAUUAAAUUAAGUUAUAGAUAAUAAAGGAAAUGACAUUUUUGCAGGUGUUGAAACUCUUUAUAGAUAAUAUAAUUCAAAUUAAUUUGAUAAAUCUUUAUAACAACUAGCUCCAAAUUUUAAUGGGGUUGUUAAAUUAGAUUUUGAAAAAGUUAAAGAACAAUUUAAAGUAAUUCCAACAAAAUAAAAAUAAUAUAAUGAACAAUAAAAAGGAUAAUUCUCACAAUUUUACUAAAAUAUUCAAGGUCCUUUGGAUCUAUUACAUUAAAUUAAUAAUACUUAAUAAUAAGCUUAAGAAAUAGAGUAAGAUUUAAUACAUAAUGAAUUACAUUAAAAAUCAUUAUAUUUAAUUGGAUAAUUGCCAUAACCUCAAUUUUUUGCUAAUAAAUAUACUACAUUUAAAAAUGGUAACGAAAAAAGUGUCUUCAAUUUGAUUGGUAAUUAGCAUUAAAUCAUUAAAACUCCUGACAAAGAUUUAUAAAAGAGAUAUAGAUAUUAAAAUAUUUUAAGUAAUGUUGAUGAUGCUAGAGAGAGAUUCAAAUAUAAUUUAACAUGUUAAUGA